AUGGCUCCGACGCGGAUUCUAAUCAGAGACGAAGAGCUUGGAGCGACGAUAUCGGACGACGACGACUCUCCAUCGGGAAAGCGAUCUAAACUCGAUCGAUUCCCUCUUAGCCGAUGGGAACUCGCCGUGUCUCUCGGCGUCUUCCUCGUCUUCUCCUCCGGUCUCUUCUGCAUCUACAUGACCAUGCCCGCCGCCGAAUUCGGCAAACUCAAGCUCCCUAGAAGCCUCGCCGAUCUCCGCUUGCUCAAGGACAAUCUUGCGAGCUAUGCGAGCGAAUACCCUGCGCAGUUUGUUUUAGGGUACUGCGCAACGUACAUUUUCAUGCAGACCUUCAUGAUUCCAGGGACGAUCUUCAUGUCACUGUUAGCUGGAGCUCUCUUUGGCGUUGUGAAAGGUGUGAUCUUGGUUGUUUUCAAUGCCACCGCCGGAGCUACUUCUUGCUUCUUCCUGUCCAAGUUGAUCGGCCGGCCGUUGAUUACUUGGCUUUGGCCUGACAAAUUAAGAUUCUUUCAGGCUGAGAUUGGUAAGCGAAGAGAUAAGCUUUUGAACUAUAUGUUGUUUCUGAGGAUAACACCAACACUGCCGAAUCUGUUUAUCAAUUUGGCUUCUCCGAUAGUCGAUGUGCCUUACCAUGUCUUCUUCUUGGCGACUUUGGUUGGUCUCAUCCCUGCAGCUUAUAUAACCGUUAGAGCUGGUCUUGCUAUUGGGGAUCUGAAAUCGGUGAAGGAUCUGUAUGAUUUCAAGACGUUGUCAGUGCUUUUCCUCAUUGGGUUUAUCUCUAUACUUCCGACGAUAUUGAAAAGAAAGAAGAUAUAUGAGUAA